GCGAACCUGCUGGUACCUGUGUUUUGUGUAUGUUUGCUUUACUGCCAUGCUUUAUACUGUGCACAAGAACGAAUGGCAUAUUGAAUGAUUCGUAUUUUCAGAGUGGGAUGUGCACACAGAGUGUCCCUGUCUGUGAUGGGACCAACACCAGUCAUGCAGUGUAUAACACGGAUCCUGGGUGCACAAUACAGGGGCAGAGUUUAUUUUCUAGUCGGCAGGGAGCCACAGGUGCUUUCCCACCAGUGAUGGCUACCGUUGGCAGUGAGGUUCAUCUCGGACAUGGAAUUUUUAUUCCUCAUGAGAAACUGGAGUGGAUGAUGAAAGCUGCCACUGACUCACGGUUCCUCAGGGGGAUUACAAGGGCAUUAUGGUCACCUGAGGAGCUGAAAGGGCGAAGCGUCACCGGGAAACCCUGCCAGCGGUCGCUGAAGGAUGGGUGCAAUGGCAAGCGUGCGCUCACUCCACGAAAGCUUGCAGCUCUGACAAAUGCCUUUGAGGUAUACGUCGAAAACAACACCUGCCCGAAAGGAACUGCAGCCAGUGAACGGCUACGGAAGAAGAAUAGGUUGUUAGCAGAUUACCUGAAGACUAUGUAGUUUCCUAUAUUAAAGUAUGUUGACAUUUCA